AGCUCUCCUAAGCAUUAUUUCUGAGCAGCCCAAUUUCGUUCUUGCCGCACCGUUGAUCGUUGAGUUAACAGCUAUUUCGUGAUCGGUAUUAAUAGUGCAUCGCCCAAGUCUCUCACUCACUGUGAAAAGUCAUUCAUCAGUAUAUCUCAUGGAGCGUUUCUUCAGCCUUGAGGACAAUACAAACGACCCAUACCUUAUGUUAUUCAACACAAUGAUCGAUCUUCCCAUUCGUUUCGGGGCUUUUCUCCUUCUCGUUGUUCUUGGUGCCGCUCAAUACUACCAUGUUACUGUCUCUGGAAAGAAACGGUCAGUCAGCCUCGAUCAGAUGAAGGCACUCGGAAAGCGAACAGCCAAGACACCCGCCCAACUAGAGAACGAAAAAACUGAGAUGGCGGCCAUCAAAGAAUUCUACUACAAAUUGCAACAUCUUGAGGAGUAUCCAGAUAGUCUGCCAGGGGCAUGGAAGUUGUUGCGAUCAAUGCUCGACCGGUCUUCAUUACUGGGACGAUACAAGGCCACAGCCAACCGAAGCAUCUUGGAAAUUGGGAAGUUUGACGCCCUAAGACUCCAAGAGUUCUUGGAUGCCGAACUUGCAGACACGAUGACCGAGUGGGAAACAUAUGUCCGCCGCAGACAGGCUGGAGGGCCCAAGGAGAAAUUCCCCGAUAUCAAAGACGCUCACACCUGGCUGAAGAACCUUGCCCCCCUCAACUACAUCGAUGGCGCUUGGGUAAGUCGCGUCCACAAGGUCACUACUCCGUAUGCCCUCCGCCGCGUGACCAAGGACGCGUGGCAGACGUACUCCGAAGAAAUGGGCGACGGCGAUCUCGACAAGAAUCACGUCCACCUCUACCGCCGGCUAAUGAAAGAGAUCGGAGCUGGCCUCCCUGCGGCAGACCAUCCUGAUUUCACCCAUGAACGGCACGGUAUCGAUGACAUCUCUUACCGGGAGGCCACCGCCCAUCUGCUUAUUUCUUUAUUCCCCAACGACUUUCUCCCAGAGAUCCUUGGAUUUAACUUGCACUUCGAAACACCUUCGCUUGGAUCUCUACAGGCGAUGAAGGAACUUGGAGAACAUAACAUCGACCCUGAAUACUUCGUCUUGCAUAUUUCCAUCGACAACGCCGACUCUGGUCACUCGGCUAUGGCCAUGGCGACUGUCAUUCGUUUUAUGAACAUCGUGGAAAAGACUGGGUUCAUGGACUACGAUGAGGCCUGGCGUCGGAUUCAGAACGGAUAUCUCCUCUCCCAAAACUGCGGCAGCGAGAUCACCGUCGAGUCAUUCGAAUCGCAAGUUGCGAGCAUGCUACAGCGCAAGGCAGGACUGGCCCGCAAGAUUCACUGCACAAGCCGAGCACGAAUUGGCGGCCGCAGCCUCUCUGAUUGGUUCACCGCCGACUGGAGAGGACUCGAGCCGGCCAAGGAUGGCGUCGACUGGAAGCAACAGUUUCUCACAGCUUUGGCUGACGCCAAGCCAUGGGUGUAUCGUGGGAAUAGCCAAAAGAGCCUCCUUAUGAAGGAGCUCGCAUGGAAGGGAAGGAUGUUUGGCGCCUUUACGGAGAAUGAGGUCGAGCUAAUGCGAACCUGGAUCGACUCACUAAAGACGGGCGAUGGCGGAUAUGGCGAGGCUGAACCAAAUCUCAACCCAUUUAGCCAAGAUGCGGCCACAUUCCACCCGGCUUUUCCUCCACAGCAGCCAGUGCCAGACCCUGUUAAGUACGGAACAGUCCUCACUCCCCGACAGCCGCUUCAAUCAUCAAAAGUGCGACUUGAUGUCCUUCUUCCACUAUGGUUUACCCACCCAUGCCUGCUCGAGAACAUGACCAACUCGCCGCACCAGAUGGCCAACCGCCUAGAGUCGCACCUCCUACAGAUCAUUCGCAUUGACUCUGCGUACAAGCCAGACGCGCAUGGCGUCGCCGGCAUGGAUGAGCAUAUGUACGUCGCAUCGCCUGACCUCAUCGCCCUCGGUCUGUCCAUCUGCCGCAAAUACGAGCUUCCAGAGCCCACCAGCCUUGGGGAUGUGCUUGGGAGCGACGACGGCGCCCGUGAGCAGCCUGAUGCCGUAGCGUUUGCAUACAAUCUGCUCAGCUGGGCCAUGCGACCCAAGGGCAAUGCCAUGUUCCUGAUUGGUCUUGCUCGCGCCUUCCUCGACUUUGAAGUCUUUGUGGCCAGUCGUGACGACCUGUUGCCACGAAAGGAAAGGACGAUUCUGCAAUCUAUGGCUGACCGGAAGAUGGUGUGCUUUGAGGACUGCUUACACGAGCUCAAAUCGGAGAGCGAAAAGCUCCGGGCCGUUGUAUCUGGCUAUGAGUUUGGACGUAACGAGCUGGAGCAAUUGAUGGCUUAAACUUGUGCGUCAAAAGUUAUAAAUUUGGAACAGUAGUAUUUUAUUUGCGUUUUGCGUGUCUGCAGCAUCUUUAGCCUUACAGUUCCGUUGAUCAGUGUGUAUUUCCUUGCAAUGUAUAUCUACGUCACGUGUUGUCACAGCAUAUAUGUAUAGUCGUGAUAUACACCCUAGCUCUUGUGAAGUAGAGAAGUAUUAUGAAUAACGCGUAUUUGACAGGCAAUCAGUGGAUUUUGGUAGAAUGAGGAUGCCUUAAGACACAAACAAUACGAGCAAUCGCGUUGUACUACCGUAAAACCCCUGCUCUUCCGAUAACCGCUGGUAGGAGGUUAACGGCUGGAGA